CUGUUUUAUUAAAUUGGUUAAUUCAAGAAAUCACUAGCUGGGUCUGGUUAAUGUUUCCAGAUUUGUAACAAUCUGCAGGCUCCAUUGUUCGCUCGCAUUCGAUGCCUCGCCCUAUUUGUGUGUGAGCUUCUUGAUUGGCUGGGGAUGAGUGCGGAUGCCGUCAUCGCUUGGAAAGCCCAUUCAUCUGGGCACUUGGGCGUUGGACUCCGCAUCUUAUUAGCAACAAGGGAGAUUUCUCCAUUUUCCACCCUUACAGCAACAAACCUGGGAUUUUUAUUACUUCUCUCAACUUGGCAGGCGGUUUUUGUGAGAAAUACCCAUUUAGUGCUUUUUGUCAAGACUUUGAUUACUUGCAGAGUAAACUUUUAAAAGGGGAUCUUUCUACAGAUCUUGUAUAUUAUUAGUAAGACGCUGAAGUCUUUGUUCCCGUUUGGAUCAGUUCAGCUUCUUUGUUGGUCAGAAAGCAUGGGAGCGCAAUUCUCCAAGACCGCUGCGAAAGGCGAAACCGCUGCUGAAAAACCGGGAGAAGCCGUUGCCGCCUCCCCUUCAAAGACAAACGGACAGGAGAACGGCCAUGUGAAAGUAAAUGGUGACGCCUCGGCAGCAGAAGCUGGGAAGGAGGAAGAGGCUCAGGCAAAUGGAAGUGCCCCAGCUGAGGACAGUCCCAAAGAGGAAGCAGAAAAAACUGAGGCGGCGGCUGCUGCCGACAAGGAAAGCACAGAGGGAGGCAAGGAGAAUGCAGAGGCAGCCUCUCCCGCUGAAGGAGAGGGUUCUUCCAGGGCAGAGGAUGGGGCCACACCCUCGACCAGCAGCGAAACCCCCAAAAAGAAAAAGAAGCGCUUCUCCUUCAAGAAGUCCUUUAAACUCAGCGGCUUCUCCUUCAAGAAGAACAAGAAAGAGACCGGAGAGGGGGCUGAGAAUGAAGGGGCAACUGGCUCCACAGAGGAGGCAAAGGACGAGGCAGCUGCGGCACCAGAGACCACCAGCACAGAGGAAAGCAAGCCUGCCCAGGAGGAGGCUGCACCUGCUGCCCCUUCCACCAGCACAGAGGAGACAAAGGAGGAGACUAGCUCUUCACAAGAGGCCAAAUCUGAAGAGACCGCGCCAGCAAAGCCUGCAGUGGAGGAGACCCAGGCAGCAGCUGCCCCUGCAGCUGAAGAGCCCAAACCUGCAGAAGAAAAGCCUGCAGCAGAGGAGAAACCAGCAGAGGCAGCUCCUGCCCCUGAAGCAAAGUCCACUGAAAAGGAAGCACCAAAAGCAGAAGAGCCCACCCCCACACCAGAAGCUCCUUCCGAGUCCAUCUCUGAGGCCUCGGCUGCUGCUGCUGCUGCUGCAGAGUAGGGCUUGAAACCCCACAGAAAGAGGGAAGAAAAGAUAAUCGGAACUUUUGUUCCAUGUCUGUUUGUUUUGUUGGCGUGGUGCCAGGUACUGGUUUUGGAGAACUUGUCUACAACCAGGGAUAUUUUUAAAGCUGUUGUGUGUGUUUUUUUUUUUUCCCCACAAAACCCAUUUCAUUCCAAUAUUACCAUUCCAAGUGGCAGUGAAGUCAGCGGCUUUAAAAAAAAAAAAAAAAAAAAUUGGUGUAGGGUUUUUUUUUUUCCAUCAGUAUUAAUGUUUUUUUUUUUGGUUUUUUUUUUUUUUUUUUUUUUUUUUUUUUUUUUUUGUUUAAUACAAAAUGUGUACUUGUCAAUAGAUGGACAUGCCCGUGGUAUGAAGGAGGUGGUUUAAGGGGUGUCAAGUGUAAAAUGAAGUGAUGGGGAGCCACAAUUAAGUGGCCUUGUAGCUGUGCCUAAAUGUGCCACAGAUGUUGGUCUUUAAGAAUUAAAAAAAAAAAGUCUUUGUGAAGUGUACCAUAAGGUUUACAACACUAAGUCAUUUUUUACUACAAGGAGAAGUGAAUAAAAUCAAUUCCCAGAAGAAAUAGUUUUAGCAAGUCAUUUAAAUCUUAGGACUCUCUCUCUCUCUCUCUGUGUCUCUCUCUCUCUCUCUGUCUCUCUCAUAUUAGCUGUACCACUCGGUGAUUUAAGUAGAAAUACAAGUUGUAUAGGCUUUAUUGUUUAUUGCUGGCUUUAUGACCUUUAAUAAAGUGUAAUUAUGUAUUACCAGCAGGGUGUUUUUAACUGUGAUUAUUGUAUAAAUGAAAUCUUGAUAUCAAGAAGCACAUGAAGUUUGCAGCUCCUUUUCCACCCUGCUUAUUUUUGUAAAAUAAUAAACAAGUCAUCCUGGAAGACCUUUUUAAAAAAACAUUUUAAACUCAACAAAGCUGUGAUAAGUGGAAUGGUUCCUGUUUAUACCGUGGUAUGUUUUGAUUACAGCAGGCAAUGCGUGGUUUAUUAUUAUUAUUAUUUUUUUGUAGUCUGACGAUUUAAGAAAAAAUCUCAGAUGCAAUGUUGUGCAGCAUCUUGUCUUGUUUUUUUUUUUUUCUUUUGUAAAUACUGGAGAAGCUUUGACCAAUUUGACUUAGAAAUGGAAUGUAAGUUUGCUUACAAAACAAAUUGCUAUUAAACUCCUCUGCUAAAGGUGUUCUGAUUUUUCUGUGAGCACACAAAGCAAAAAUAAAUGUGAAUAAAAUUUGACAAUGACGA